CAAAAUGAAACAGAGUUAGUAAAUACACGUCGAACAAACCUUCGUGAACACGUGUUUUGCAUCUGAUAAUGACACCCAUUGGUUGCAGGAGUUUCGUUUCAUUCAUUAAGCUUUUAUUUUGAAAAGCAUAUUUGCCGUGGCACCGAAGUGAAUUGGGUAGGGCGAAGGUAGCGUGACUGACAAUAAGAGGAAAGAAAAUAUAUUUUUUAUCAUCCCUAUUAUUCGAAAUCUUAACAAAAGCAGCAAUUUGAAUUGCAGUCAUUUGAAAAUUGGUUUGAAUUUGUUAGUGCAUUAGUUGUAUUUAAUAUAAAAUGCGACAAGUCCAGUGUUCCACCAAGUGCGAAUCGGAAGCUAGCGAAUCGGAAACCAACUUCAGCGUCGUUCGACGAUGUUGAGUCUUAUGAAAAACAGGUUUUGUCUUUUCAAUCUGCGACUAUCAUGGAUUACAGAACUGUUCUAGAAUUCGCGACUGUAACCAGGGGUCUCUCGUUGUUUUUGCAGGCUCUGUUGAAUGCUGCCAUCCCCGACCAUGACGCUGUAGCCUUCAGACCGCCACGAACAGAGGAGCCUCUCUACUUGGACUCUGCAGUGGAGUGGUUAUUUGGUGGCCUCAGUCACUGGGACGCUGAGCAUUUCCUCUUUAUCGCACAGAGAGGAUACAUCUAUGAGCACAACUUUGCUUUUUUCCCCCUUUUCCCCGUUGUCUUGCGAGGCCUGGCGGAGAUGCUGCUGUGGCCCCUCAGCAGCUGGUUGAGCAUAAGGGGCCGUCUGAUGGUGGCUGUUGCUCUUGGGAACAGUACCUUCUUCCUGUUGAGUGUGGUGGCCUUGCACGCGCUCAGCAGAGCAGUUCUGCAGGACAGGCGCCUGGCCCUGCUCUCCACUUUACUCUACUGCAUCACACCUGCUAAUGUUUUCAUGACGGCAGGAUACUCUGAGUGUCUGUUCUCUGCUCUCACCUUUGGCGGGCUCUUCCUCCUGGAGAAAGGGUUCACCCUUCGAGCCUGCCUGGCGCUCAGUAUAGCAACUGCAGCUCGAGCCAUUGGACUGGUUAAUAUUGGCUUUCUACUCUAUCUUCCAACACUACACGCUGUCUCCCAGAUUCGUUUAUAUCGCGCAACGACAAAAGGCCACAGGAAAAUGCUGCACUACAUUUGGGUCAUUACCCGUCUCCUGCUCACCUCUCUUUUAGGUACAGCAAUCAUUGCCCUUCCAUUCUGUGCUUUCCAGUACUACGGCUAUAGAACUUUUUGUACGCCUUCAGCCUCUUUAGAACGCAUCCCCCAAGCUCUUCUUUCCUUGGCUGAGCGGAAGGGCUACCGUGUUCCAGAUGAAAAUAGUCCUCCCCCUCUUUGGUGCAUGCGACCUCUCCCCCUGCUUUACUCUCAUAUCCAGGAUGUGUAUUGGAACGUGGGCUUUCUCCGCUACUUUGAACUGAGGCAAAUACCAAACUUUCUUCUGGCUCUUCCUAUGGCAACUCUGGGUGUAAUGGCAGCUUAUGCUUAUUUUCAAGCUAACCCAGAGCUUUGCCUAAGACUUGGACUUUGGGAGACCGAUUCAAAUAAAGGCCUUGAUAAACCCAUACCAGGAUUUUUCAACCCAAAAGUAUUUGUAUAUGUUGUGCACUCAACUGUUCUACUGGUAUUUGGUACCUUGUGCAUGCAUGUGCAGGUCCUAACCAGAUUUAUGGCCUCCUCGUCUCCUGUUCCCUUCUGGAUCAGCGCUCAUCUGCUCCUCCUCAACGAGCCGCUUCUUCACCGAAGGAAAACCUCAACCCCCAACAUUCAACUCAAGACCCAUUCCAAAAAUGGAUGCAAGCACCCAUUCCAAAACCCCAUCAUUGCUCUGCUACCACACUUUAAAAUCUGUUCCCCCACCACACAAAGCAUCCUGGGAUAUUUCCUCUCUUACUGGCUGUUGGGCUUAGCGUUGCACUGUAAUUUUCUACCAUGGACAUAACCUGGAGUAUGUUGAACAAAAAUACCAUAUUUAUCUGUGAGAGAACUAUUUUUAACGUUACCUGUUACACAUGAAAACAGGAAAAGUCAAAGCAUGACAAAAUGUUGUGCCUCAUUUUGGUUCUACAAAGAGCUUAGAGCAGCUGCGAUUAACUGAGUAAUUUACAUCAUGUGUCUUUGUAAUUAUUACGGUCCUUAAAUACAAACCUGAGUGGGGUGCGCAUGAAAUUUUUAUGUUUAUUCUUGCGAGUCCUGAUCAUAAUUGUAAUUCUGGGAGAAAAAUGCUAAUUGAAUGUGUUUCAUGCUUGUGUUGAAGAACUGUGCUCUAUGUACAUGUUUUGAAUAUUCUGCUUAAUUUUUAACUUUUAGAUGUGAAUGGAAAAUCAUGGCGUUAAACGUGCAUGCAUUCAUAAGUGUGGGAAAUCUUC